CCCUAGAGGACACACCUCCUUUUAGCUAGGUACCUAUAAAUGUCAAGGAUUUUCUAUUCAAUUAAGAACCCAGCAAAAUGGGGAUCUCCACGGUCAUCCUUGAAAUAUGUCUAUUAUGGGGACAAGUUCUAUCUACAGAUUUGACCCUGAGGCUGGUGAAUGGAGGUGACCGGUGUAAGGGCUGGGUGGAGGUCAGGUACCAUGGUUCCUGGGGCACCAUGUGUGAUGACUUCUGGGACAUCAAUGAUGCCAACGUGGUCUGCAGGCAGCUCGGCUGGUCAGCCCCAGGAAGUGGCUGGUUUGGCCAAGGCUCAGGGCCGAUUGUCCUGGAUGACAUACGCUGCUCAGAAUAUGAGUCUUACCUGUGGAGCUGCCCCCACAAUGGCUGGCUCUCCCAUAAUUGUGGCCACAAUGAAGAUGCUGGUGUCAUCUGCUCAGUUGGGCCUCCAAGAGAUAAUGCAAAUGUCAUCAUUGGAGUAGCCUACUUGGUAGAUAUGGGCUGGCUUGAUGAUACCUUGCCUAUUUUUAUGUUCAAGUUCUUCAUCAGCAGGACCUGUGCCUCUUUUCCUCACACCAUCAAUGCAGGUUACCCCAGUCUGCCUCUGAGACUGGUGAAUGGAGGUGACCUGUGUCAGGGCCGGGUGGAGGUCCUGUACCAAGGCUACUGGGGCACUGUGUGUGAUGACAGCUGGGAUGCCCAGUAUGCCAAUGUUGUCUGCAGGCAGCUCGGCUGUGGCUAUUCCGUGUCAGCCCUGGACGGGGCCCACUUUGGUCAGGGCUUGGGAAACAUUCUCUUGGGUGACGUGCAUUGCUCGGGAAGGGAACCCUACCUGUCAAGCUGUCCCUACAGCGGAUGGCAUAACCACGAAUGUGGCCACAGAGAAGAUGCCGGUGUCAUGUGCUCUGGUUCUCUCAUUACCUCAGAGGAGUCCCUGGAGGUAACAUCAGUAGAAGGUACUGUGAUUCCCUCGGAGGCGCUCCUGGAGUCAACUACAGCAGAAGCUACUGUGUUUCCCUCGGAGGCGCUCCUAGAGUCAACUGCAGCAGAAGGAUCUGAUUAUGAUUUGGCCCUGAGACUGGUGAAUGGAGAUGGCAGGUGUCAGGGUCGGGUGGAGGUCCUGUAUCAAGGCUCCUGGGGCAUAGUGUGUGAUGAUAGCUGGGACACCAAUGAUGCCAACGUGGUCUGCAGGCAGCUGGGUUGUGGCUGGGCCAUGUCAGCUCCAGGAAAUGCCCGGUUUGGCCAGGGCUCAGGACCCAUUGUCCUGGAUGACGUGCGCUGCUCAGGGUACGAGUCCUACCUGUGGAACUGCCCCCACAAUGGCUGGCUCUCCCAUAACUGUGGCCAUAGUGAAGAUGCUGGUGUUAUCUGCUCAGGAUCUGAAUCCAGUUUGGCCCUGAGGCUGGUGAAUGGAGGUAACAGGUGUCAGGGCCGAGUGGAGGUCCUAUACCGAGGCUCCUGGGGCACCGUGUGUGAUGAACGCGUUGCUGACCACUACCUUACCUGCAUCGACAGUAGUAUCAGGAAAGAUCCUCAUCCACAUGCUGAGGACAAGUCCUGGAGGACUCCCUACAUCCUAAUGGGACCUCGUUCCUGGCCCUCCGGCCAUGCACUGCAGACCUGCAAGGGUUUAAUUCUAGCCUUUGUCUUUGUUGCAAUUUACAGACACGUUGUCGACCAGCACCUUACCUGCAUUGACAAAGUCAGAGAGGACCACGUGGGUGCCACCAAAGUCUUCAACAUGGGGACAGCAUGGGCCUGGCCUCUGGAGCUGUGGAGCUCCAUCCUGUGUGUGCUCAGAAGUUUGGCCCUGAGGCUGGUGAAUGGAGGUAACAGGUGUCAGGGCCGAGUGGAGGUCCUAUACCGAGGCUCCUGGGGCACCGUGUGUGAUGACUCCUGGGACACCAGUGACGCCAAUGUGGUCUGCAGGCAACUGGGCUGUGGCUGGGCCACGUCAGCCCCAGGAAAUGCCCGGUUUGGCCAGGGCUCAGGACCCAUUGUCCUGGAUGACGUGCGCUGCUCAGGACAUGAGUCCUACCUGUGGAGCUGCCCCCACAAUGGCUGGCUCUCCCACAACUGUCAGCACAGUGAAGACGCUGGUGUCAUCUGCUCAGACGCGUUGCCAACCACCACCUUAUCGGCAUCGACAGUAGGACCUGAAUCCAGUUUGGCCCUGAGGCUGGUGAAUGGAGGUGACAGGUGUCAGGGCCGAGUGGAGGUCCUAUACCGAGGCUCCUGGGGCACCGUGUGUGAUGACUCCUGGGACACCAGUGACGCCAAUGUGGUCUGCAGGCAGCUGGGCUGUGGCUGGGCCACAUCAGCCCCAGGAAAUGCCCGGUUUGGCCAGGGCUCAGGACCCAUUGUCCUGGAUGAUGUGCGCUGCUCAGGACAGGAGUCCUACCUGUGGAGCUGCCCCCACAGAGGCUGGCUCUCCCACAACUGUGGCCAUCAUGAAGACGCUGGUGUCAUCUGCUCAGUUUCCCAGUCCCAGUCGACACCCGGUCCAGACACUUGGCUAACCUCACCUGCGUCAACAGCAGGAUCUGAAUCCAGUUUGGCCCUGAGGCUGGUGAAUGGAGGUGACAGGUGUCAGGGCCGAGUGGAGGUCCUAUACCAAGGCUCCUAGGGCACCUUUGGCCAGGGCUCAGGACCCAUUGUCCUGGAUGACGUGCGCUGCUCAGGGAAUGAGUCGUACCUGUGGAACUGUCCCCACAGAGGCUGGCUCUCCCACAACUGUGGCCAUCAUGAAGACGCUGGUGUCAUCUGCACAG